AUUAUACACAGGCCCGUGUCGGCGCUCAAGGAACUCAUUGAGAAUAGCCUCAACAUGGGCACGACGUCCAUCCGCAUCACCAUCAAGAAUGGCGGCCUGAAGCUGCUGCAGAUCCAGGACAAUGGGUACGGGAUCAAGAAAGUGGAUCUGCCCAUCCUCGCGUGGUGCUUCACCACGUCCAAGCUCUCCUCCUUCUCCGACUUGUGA